AGACAGCACCGGGCUCAGCCCAUGUGAGGUGCCUCCUCCCAAUCACAGACCACUCGCCUCUGGACAGAAGCUCAGGAAAUUGUUGCAGGGCAGAAAAUCACCUUGGGCUGGUGAGGGCUGCAGAGUGGGCUGGUGCACCACCAGAAGGAAGAAGAGGCGACAAGGCAGCAACAGCUCUUGCGAGAAAUUCUGAAGAUGGCUAAAGACGAUUCCACGGUUCACUGCUUCCAAGGCCUGCUGAUUUUUGGACAUGUGAUUGUUGGUAUGUGCGGCAUUGCCCUGACUGCAGAGUGCAUUUUCUUUGUAUCUGACCAACACAGUCUCUAUCCUCUGCUUGAAGCCACCAACAAUGAUGACAUCUACGCGGCCGCCUGGAUCGGCAUGUUCGUGGGCAUCUGCCUCUUCUGCCUGUCUGUCCUAGCCAUCGUAGGGAUCAUGAAGUCCAGCAGGAAACUUCUCCUGGCGUAUUUCAUUCUGAUGUUUAUAGUAUAUGGCUUUGAAGUGGCGUCUUGUAUCACAGCGGCAACGCAACGAGACUUUUUCACACCCAACCUCUUCCUGAAGCAGAUGCUGGUGAGGUACCAGAACAACAGCCCUCCAACCAACGAUGAUCAAUGGAAAAACAAUGGUGUCACCAAAACCUGGGACAGGCUCAUGCUGCAGGACCAUUGCUGUGGCGUAAAUGGUCCAUCUGACUGGCAGAAAUACACAUCUGCCUUCCGGGCUGAGAACAACGAUGCAGACUAUCCCUGGCCUCGGCAGUGCUGUGUUAUGAACAACCUCAAAGAACCACUGAACCUGGAGGCUUGCAAGCUGGGAGUGCCUGGUUAUUACCACAAUCAGGGCUGCUAUGAACUGAUCUCUGGACCGAUGAACCGCCAUGCUUGGGGCGUCGCCUGGUUUGGGUUUGCCAUUCUCUGCUGGACUUUUUGGGUUCUCCUGGGUACCAUGUUCUACUGGAGCAGAAUUGAAUACUAGGCGCGAAGUGGGACCGCCACGCCUCCUCCCUCUGCUCACCCUGGAUUUGGGGCUGGAACCUGCUCUCUCUUCCUACUCCACCUUGUGUGUGCACUGACUGCACAUCCUUCUCACAUUGCCAAGGCAGAGCGUGUGGAGCUGCUUGGGCUCCCUGGCUCGCACCGUCCUCAGGAGUGCUACUUUACAUCCUAGUGUAAUAUUCUGUAUCAUUUUUGUGGACUAAAAGAUGGAGAGAAUUUGGAAAGUAGUGACUACUCUCAUCCCUAUAUUUUAUUUGUAGGCACAGACAUUCAAAGGAAGCUGUAUUGUCACAGUAAGCUAGGUCUAUGUUCUAUUUCAAGAGCAAAUCCGCCCUUAUUUCUCACUGAUUUCUAAAAAAAAAAAAAAAAAAACUCGCAAGGCUUCCAUUUAUCACAGUAUUUUCUAGAUGAGGGAAAGAAGGAAUGAAUGCAGAAAUAUACCUUUAGCCUUUGAUUCCAUGGCUUCUGUCUACUGAGAGUCCAGCAAUUCUCUUGAAGCUGCCUUCAGCUGCUUUUAUUCUCCAGAGAAAUUCCUGACCUCUAACUAACAAUAGUUUGAAUCUCCUUUCAUGCCUUGUAGAGUGCUUUGCAUUUAACAGUCUCAAUUCAUCAUUAAUUAAAAGUGUACAGAUCAGGGUGUGGUGGCCCACGCUUGUAAUCUCAGCACUCUGGGAGGCUGAAGUAGAAGGAUCAUAAGCCCCGCCUGUGCAGUUAAGAAAUUGAGGAGACCCUAGGGCCGGCCCAAUACCUUAGCUUAUUAAAGUACCUGCUUAGGGAGGUGCAGGGACCAGGGUUUGAUCCCUGGUGUGCCAUGCUGG